CUUAGUACUAAUUCCCCCGCAUGGCCAAGAGAGUGAUAUACAGAGCGAGAAGAAGAAACAUCGAAUCUGUCCUCAAUUAUCGCAAGCCAGAGAUUUGGGGCUCAGAGUAUCCUUAUCAAACGAGAGGACCUUCUCUACACAUACUAAUCUAAAGCACCACCACUUCUUCAGCACCCAUUAGACCAACCCAUGCUCCCCCAGCAUCCCCCAAUCAGCCCACUCCCCCAGAAACACAAUGGCCUCCAAGCACACAUCCAUCCAAACCCACCAAAUCACCCCGGAAGCCGCGGCCGCCCUCCACCACCUGCAGGGAGUCAUCGAGACCGCCCCGGUAGCCAAAGUCGAAAAGAACAAGAACAUCAUGUUCGCAAACCACUUCCUGGACCAACACGCGGCGCCGUUGCUAAAGCACCUAGAGCUCGAGGGCAAAACGCACCUCAGCUACAUGGCGUGGAAGAUCCUGGCGCGCAACACGAUCCGGAACUCCACGGGCCCGCUGUACAUCGUCCCCGUCCGGGUGGUCACCGGCACCGAGCCCCGGCUGGUGCCGAGGGACGCGGAGAUGAGGCUCGCCCGGGACCCCGCGCUGGUGGUGCGGUUGGUGCCCGGGUCGUAUGUGUGUUUCGAUGGCGCGGUGGAUCUGUUGCCCGGGUUGACUUGUUUAGUUAUUACGAGGGUUAGGAGGCGGGGGUGAUGGUGUAUUGUGCUGUACGAG